UCAUUUACCCAUCUCUCCUACUCACUCCUUUCCCUACAACAAACAUGGCCGCUAAAUCUGACGGUGCGCCCAUCUCUCUCCUGCGGAACGAAAUGACACCGGAGUGUUCGUCCGGUUCGGACCGGCCGCCGCCGCCGAACCUCCGCCGCCGCCGCCGCCGCCGCGCAGAUGAGACGCGGUACUCCGUGCCGGACUGCGUGUGGACGCUCUGCGCCCUGCUGGUCUUCUUCUCGGACGGGGCCUCAGACCUGUGGCUGGCCGCGGACUACUACCUACGGCGGGACUACUGGUGGUUCGCGCUGACUCUGGUCUUCGUCGUGGUGCCGUCCGUGGUCGUGCAGGUGCUGAGCUUCCGGUGGUUCGCCUACGAUUUCGCGGACACCGUCGAGAGCGGGACGGCGGCGGCGGCGGUGGUGGCGGCGUCGGGCGCGGAGAGCGGCUACAACACCAAGGACAGCGCCCGGCGGGGCGCUGGCGCGGCCGGCGCGGCGCCGCCUCCUCCUCCUCCUCCGCCGGGCGGCCUCCGGGAAGGCGCCCGGGGAGGCGCCCGGGGCUGCUGCAGAGCCUUCAUGUGGUUCUUCCAGAGCGUCGUCCACGUUUUCCAGCUGGCCCAAGUGUGGAGGUAUGUCCACGCUCUGUACCUCGGGGUGCAGAGCCGCUGGCGCGGGGACCACGAGCGCCAUCACUUCUACUGGCGUAUGAUGUUCGAGAGCGCGGACAUCAGCAUGCUGCGUCUGCUGGAGUCCUUCCUGAAGAGCGCCCCCCAGCUGGUCCUGCAGCUCAGCAUCAUGAUCCAGGCCCGCCAGGUCCGACCCCUACAGGGGCUCUCGGCCUCUGCCUCGCUGAUAUCCCUGGCCUGGAUGAUUGCCUCCUAUCAGAAGGUCCUGAGGGACUCCAGAGACGACAAGCUCUCCAUGACCUACAAGGCGGUCAUUGCUCAGAUCCUGUGGCACCUCUUCACCAUCGGGGCGCGCACGCUGGCCUUUGCCCUCUUCGCGUCUGUGUUCCAGCUCUACUUCGGCAUCUUCAUCGUGGCCCACUGGUGCAUCAUGACAUUCUGGAUCAUCCAAGGUGAGACCGACUUCUGCAUGUCCAAGUGGGAGGAGAUCAUCUACAACAUGAUGGUGGGCAUCGUGUACGUCUUCUGCUGGUUCAGCGUGCGAGAGGGGCGCACCCGAUGCCGAAUGCUCAUCUACAGUCUGACAGUGCUCGCCGAGAACGUCGCGCUCACCGCCGCCUGGUACCUUUACCGCGGGCCGCGCACCUCGGACUUCUACGCCGUGGUCAUGGUGUGCGUGGUGGCCAGCAGCUACGCCCUGGGCACCUUCUUCAUGUUUGUGUAUUACUGUCUGCUGCACCCCGACGGUCCCAUCUCGGGGUGGGGCUACAUAGUGGAGAAGUCAGGGGCGGUGGAACCCCUCACCUCCCCGGCGUCUACGCUCCCGCCCGACGUAGUCAGCAGCCCCCCCAGGACCCUGCAGAGAACUAAAGGGGCGGACAGGGAUCAAGGGGCGGGCAUAGAUGGGGACGUGUUUCAGGUACGGUCCGCUCGGGGCGCACGGGCUCCCGUGCUGCCGCUCACCCCGAGGACUGAGGGGCCGGUCAUUCGGAUAGACCUACCCAGGAAGAAGUACCCGGCCUGGGACGCCCACUUUAUUGACCGCCGGUUGCGUAAAACCAUCCUGGUGCUGGAAGGUGCCGCUCCGGUCACGCCGCGGAUCCAGUACCGCUGCCUGGGCACGCCCAAAGAAGUGAUGGAGUACGAGACCACCGUGUGA